CAUGACCCCCUUUUUUCCUUUUUCAACUGCUACAAAUUUGAGCAGACAGCACCUGUUUACUGAUUUGAAAUUGAAAUUGAAUUAAUGGAGUUUUGCAGUUAAUUUUUCUCUUCAUUUUGAUUUGUGUUUGGACCAAAAAAGUCUCAUGUGUGUGUUAGUUAUGUUCCUCCCAUCUGUACUUGAGUUUGGUCUACAAUUAGUAAUAAGUAACCCAAAAUCAUAACUAGUUACACACAACAAUACAUGGCUCUUUCUCCUCAUCAUGUUCUCAUUCUUUUCCUCUUUUUCCCAUCACCAAACCAAGUUCUUGCUCAAACCAUUAAUGGCAAAGUCAACUUAGGAUCUUCCCUUUUCGCAGCAGAGAAUUCUUCUCCUUGGCUCUCUCAGAAUGGCGAGUUUGCUUUCGGUUUUCACCAGCUUAAAAACCAAGAUGAUAUCUUCUUCUUACUAUGCAUAUGGUAUGCCAAGAUACCUGAAAAAACUAUAAUUUGGUGUGCCAAUGGAGAUAAACCAGCUGCAGCAAGAUCAAACGUGGUGUUAACCCCCGAAACAGGACUUGUUCUCACAACUCCUCAAGGCAAAGAGCUAUGGAAAUCUGAGUCAAUUGAUGAAAGUGUUGUUAAUGGUGUUAUUAGUAAUGAAGGAAACUUUGUACUUGAAGGUAACAAUUCAAAGAAGUUAUGGGAAAGCUUUAAGAAUCCAACAGAUACAAUUUUACCAAGUCAAGUAUUGGACAUAGGACAAGUCCUUUCAUCUCAUCAAUCAGAGUCUAACUUUUCCAGAGGAAGGUUCCAAUUUCGGUUAAGGGAAGAUGGGAAUGUUGUGCUCAACACAAUAAACUUGCCUUCUAAUUAUACCAAUGAUCCUUAUUAUGCAACUAACAUCACUAAAGGGACUGCAACAGCACAAGUAGUCUUCGAUGAAUCGGGUUACUUGUAUGUUUCCAUAGGAAAAGGCGAAAGAUUGAUUCUAACUCGAGGAAGAGUAGUGUCAACAAUGGAUUACUAUGUUCGAGCAACACUUAGUUUUGAUGGGGUUUUCACACAAUAUUUUCAUCCCAAGAAAUUUAGUAGCAAUGUGAGUUGGACACCUCUUUGGUCUAUACCGAAUGACAUUUGCUUUUCGACUAUUGUUUGGGAAGGAAUUGGAGUUUGUGGAUACAAUACCAUUUGCAGACUCAAUAAAGAGAAGAGACCAAAGUGUGAGUGCUUAAAAGGGUACUCUCUAAUCAAUCCUAAUGACAGUUAUGGAAAUUGUAAACCAGAUUUCAUUCAAGGCUGUAAAGAAGAUGAGUUAACUAGUUCAGGUAAAGAUGCAUAUGAUGUUGUGGAGCUAAGAAAUGCUGGUUGGCCCGGUUCAGAUUACAUAAGAAUAGCUUCUUCAACAAGAGAAACUUGUAAAGAAUCUUGCUUGAAUGAUUGUUUAUGUGCUGUUGCUGUUCUUAGAGGAGGAACUUGUUGGAAGAAGAGGUUUCCCUUAUCAAAUGGGAGAGUUGAUCACAACCGUCCAUCUAUUGCUUUCAUCAAAAUUCGAAAAGGUAACUCUACUACUUUAUCUAAUGAUCAUGUAACAAAAGUUGUCAAGAAAAACCAGAGUGGUUUGAUUAGAGUUCUAUUGGGUAUGUUAAGUACUUCUGUUUGUAUAAACUUUAUGUUACUUGGUGCAAUUUGUACAUGUUUUUUCUUCAUUCACAAGAAGAAGAAUGAAAGGUCUCAUCCCCCUCAAGAAGUUCCCGAGUCGAAUUUGCAUUGCUUUAGCUACAAGGAGCUUGAAGAAGCAACAAAUGAUUUCAAAGACGAGCUAGGACGUGGAGCUUUUGGCAUCGUUUACAAAGGCUUUCUCAUACAAACUAAUGCAAGCAUUGCAGUGGCUGUGAAGAGACUGUGUUCGGUUCUUAAAGAUGGCGAAAGAGAAUUCAAGGCUGAAUUGAAAUCCAUUGGCCAAACACAUCACAAGAAUCUCGUUCGCCUACUUGGAUAUUGUGAUGAUGGGAAGAAUCAUUUGUUGGUGUAUGAGUUCUUGAGCAAUGGCACUCUAGCAAGCUUUCUUUUCGGUGAGAUAAAGCCUAGUUGGAAUCAAAGAUGUGAACUUGCUUUAGGAAUUGCAAAAGGGCUCUUAUAUUUACAUGAAGAGUGUAUGAGUCAAAUCAUUCAUUGUGAUAUAAAGCCUCAGAACAUACUUCUUGAUGAGUACAACAAUCCCAAGAUAUCAGAUUUCGGUUUGGCCAAACUUCUGAUGAUGAAUCAAAGCCAUACACACACAACCAUUAGAGGGACAAAAGGGUAUGUUGCACCAGAGUGGUUUAGGAACAACAUGGCCAUUACUUCGAAAGUCGAUGUGUACAGCUUUGGAGUGGUGUUACUUGAGAUUGUUUGUUGUAGAAGAAAUGUGGAUAUGGAGAUUGGUGAGGAUGGGAAAGAGAUAUUGACAGAUUGGGCUUAUGAUUGUUUUAGAGAAGGGUCAUUGGAUGUUCUUGUGGACUAUGAAGCUGAUGUUUUGGGUGAUAAGAAGAGGUUAGAGCUUUAUAUUAUGGUGUCCAUGUGGUGUGUUCAAGAAAUUCCUUCUCUUAGACCAAAUAUGAGAAGAGUUGUUCAAAUGCUUGAAGGUGUUGUUAUAGUGAGUGAUCCACCAUGUCCCUCACCAUCUUAUUAUCUGGUAUAAGAGUUGUUUAUUGUGAUAAUAUUGCACUCUAGUGAGUUUUUCAAUAUAUAUUUCGAUAAUAUUUAGUAU